AGGCUCUCCAAGAAUGUUUGCUGACGACACUAAUAUUAGCAUCGCAGCAAAUUCCGUCACAGAGCUUGAGCAAAUAUUAAACUCUGAAUUGAAAAAUCUUCAUCAAUGGCUACUAACUAAUAGACUGAGUCUUAACGUAGCUAAAAUGAAAUUCAUGAUAAGAGGAUCUCGUCAAAGAUUACUAGUACAUGAUAACGAACACAUAAGGAUAGAGAUCGACGGAAAGUUAAUUAAGAGAGUCAACGAAACGAAAUCCUUAGGCUUGCAAAUCGAUGAGCAUCUUACAUGGGCACGACAUGUCGAAAAUAUUUCCAAAAAGAUUGCAUCAGCUAUUGGAGCUCUUAAACGGAUACGCCAAUUUGUAGAUACAAACACUGCUCUGAAAAUUUAUGGUGCACUAAUUCAACCGCACUUUGAUUAUUGUAGCUCAGUUUGGGAUGGUUUGAAUGUCACGUUAAAUGACAAAUUGCAAAAAUUGCAAAAUAGGGCAGCGAGAGUCAUCACUAAAUCUCAAUAUGGUGCUAGCUCCAGCGACCUUUUUAAUAAGCUGGGCUGGGAUAAUCUUUUAACACGUCGGAAAAAGCAUAAGGCUAUACUAAUGUUUAAAACAAUUAACGAUCUAACUCCGUUUUAUCUCCGUGAAUUGUUUGAAUCUCGCAGCACACAAUAUAACUUAAGAAACUCUGAACACACCUUAUUUGUAGCAAAACCAAGAACCAACUACGGUAAGCGAAGUUUCAGUUAUAGCGGGGCAGUUUUAUGGAACGAGUUACCACAAAAUGUACGAACAACAUGUUCCCUAAGUCAAUUCAAAAAAGCAAUUGACAAUUUGUUCUCUAUAUGAGAUGGACUCCCGCACGGCAAUCUUAAUUGUAAAUCAGUAUUUUAGUGUUUGGAUAUGUUUAAAGUGUAUAUUAAUUGUCAUAGCGUAAUUUGUAAUUAUAUGUUAGUUAAUUAUCUUGUAAAAUGUUAUACUGUAGAUUUCACCGUGUUAAAAUAAAGUUUUUGAUUGAUUGAUUGAUCGAUUCUGUCUCGAUAUAUUAAUAUAGCAAGAAUAGAAAUGAGUUCUACAGCACCACUGUUUAGAGCUGUUUAUUUUUGUACAUCCAAAAAGAAGUAUGUGUUAUGUUCUAUAGGGCUUUCUUAUUCUCGCGCCAGAGAGAUAGCACUUGCAGCUUUUUCUUCUCUCGGUUAUCCAGUAAAGAACAUUGGGCUUCACAGUCUAAGGAGUGGUGGCGCGACGACCGCAGCGAACGCUGGCAUUAGACAUUGCCUGUUUAAACGUCACGGGCGAUGGAAAUCGGAGUGUAAAUGUAUUUUGUGGAGGUACGUAAUGUUUGAAUGCCUGCAUGUAUGGCAUUGUAAAGGAAUAAUGGAAGAGGCUUAAGCAAUUAUUACGUGGGUAUUUAAGGUUCCGGUAAGUGAAUAUCAGCAUUCGAAGGCAUCUCCCCAACUCAAGCGGUUGAAUUUCUAUGUUUUAGCGCUACCUAACGUAUUCUGACCAGUUCUUGGAUGGAAGAAGUGUCUUUUAUCUAUGUUUUAGAUCAUACUC